CGGUCACAGUAGCCAGACAAGACGGGUUGCAUGCAUGGUCGCUGUGCACGUUGUGUGGAUAUCUUGAGUACAACUGAAUGUGUUAUGUGAAGACGAUGUAGGCGAACUAGUUUGUCCCUAAAAAUUCCUUCAUCCGACACGAUUCUGUGUAGAUUUUGAUGGCUUUCCACGUGCGGCCCGAACACCAGAGGUGAUCGAGAUUGUUGCCUGAUCUUUUGUCUUUUUUAUCCAGCGUUUUCCGGACGAAGGAAAACUGGGUCUUUGGGGGGAGUGUUGUCGUUGCAGGAUGCCCUUCGGAUUCAAAAAGCGGAAACCGACCAGCGAUAUGACACAAGAAAACCAUUCUCCAAACCAUCAGAAUGAGGAGAUGGAUACCAGUGAGGCCAGCAUCGACACAUCAACAUCACAAACAGACGCUGGUCAGAAACUAUCCUACACCCAGCCGCCCUUCUGGUGCUCCAUCGCCUACUAUGAGAAGAACCUUCGGGUAGGGGAGAUGUUCCACGCCUCUCAACCCUCGCUGACCAUCGAUGGGUUCACCGACCCCUCCAGCUCCGAGAGGUUCUGUCUGGGUCUCCUGUCCAACAUCAAGCGGGACCAUUCCAUUGAGAUGACGCGGAGGCACAUAGGCAAAGGAGUACGACUGUAUUACAUAGGAGGUGAAGUUUUCGCUGAAUGCCUGAGCGACAGCAGCAUCUUUGUACAAAGUCCGAUCUGCAAUGUCCGAUAUGGCUGGCAUCCUGCCACGGUCUGUAAAAUACCACCCGGCUGUAACCUGAAGAUUUUCGACAACCGAGAGUUUGCAGCCCAGCUGUCCCAAUCUGUCAGCCAGGGAUUUGAGGCCGUCUACCAGCUAACCCAUGUCUGCACGAUACGCAUGAGCUUCGUCAAGGGCUGGGGUGUGGACUACCGACGUCAGACGGUCACCAGUACCCCUUGCUGGAUUGAGGUGCAUCUGAAUGGCCCCUUACAGUGGCUUGACAGGGUCUUAAGACAGAUGUCGUCACCCAAUGAGAAGUGCUCUAGUAGCUCUUAAAAUGACGGUAACACCUCCAUUAGUAAUGUUGUCACAAGAUCCAACACUUUUCAGGAUAUGCACAUCUGACAAAGUCGUGGCACAGCUCGGGGUGCUGAUUUUAUGGAGAGGCAUUCACUGUGACCGGUUCUAAAGUUUUUUUGGUGGUUUCAAAUAUCAUUGACCUGAAAAUUAUUGACCUGAAACCACCACCAAAAAACAGAAAUAUCUACAAUCAGCAACCCUCUUUCUGAAUCAAGGGACUACACUUUCAAUCCUGAGAAGUCGGGACAUCUUACCAAUGGACCACACCGUCGUUGUGUUUUGUGUAUCUGUGUAUAGUUUUACGAAAAAUGUACAUAGAAACUCACUGAUUAGUGAUAGUGCGGGCCACACUAAAAGCCAACACCAUUUUGAUGUAAAAGUUUACAGUAGCCCAAAAAAAAAACAAACUGUGUUAUAGUGUACAAAGUGCAUGCUGAAAUUAAUAAAAGUCAAAACGGCUGUGGGGAAACAAGUCAUAAAUCCUGCUUGGUCUUAUUUUUGUUUACAUUUGAAUGCAAUCAAAAGUGUAAAUACAAAAUAGAUUGAGAAAAAAUAGAGAGCUAUUUUGCUAAAACAUUUUCCAUUCAUAAAUAACUAAUCUAUGCUUUUGUGCAAAGUUAGAUAUCGGUGUAUGAUGUGCAACACUGUUGAUUGGUUCUUUAAUUAUCAAGUUUGACCAGGGCAUUUCGAGCUUUGCUGCUUGAAAAUUAAACAGCUUUGAAACUUUUUUUCAGAAUCUGCACUAAUGGAUGCAAACCAAAAGCUGUGCUAACAUGUACGUUUUGUUCCACCAGCACACAGAUUUAUUACAAAACAUGUCUUGACAAUUAGUUGUGGACUUCAUCUUUAUUUAUCUGUGUUUUUUUAAUUGCUGCUAUGUAAUAUUAAAUACCUUAAGUCCUAUGGAACAAAGUUGUGAUUUCUUCUCCAGAACGCUGUCUGAUUCCUGAAAGCUAAAUUUUCUGUCCAAAGUGUCAAGGCACUUUCUAAUGUUCUACUAAUGCAACACAAACUUGGUAGAACUCACCCAGAAAUGAAUUGACUGAUGUAUUUUAUCUUGCCCAAACUUGAAGGAGAGGGUCCAUUCCAUAGGUUUUUUCAAUUAAAAAAAUGUUCCUUUCAACAUGUUUUACAUGAUGAUUUGAUUAUAUCAUUAUAGUUGCUUUUGUAACCUUUGAUACCUGCUUUUUGGUAGUUGUUAAUCUUGCCAUUUAUAAUUCAAUUUAAUUGUAUGAGGCCAACUUUACUACUUCCGUACUUGAACAUGUAGAUUUGGUUUUACACAGGAUUUCUUCUGAGCAGAAGUAAUUUAAAAAGGUAAAUCAAAAUGUAACUUUUGCAAGCUCUUAGGUGAGAAAUGGUUGAUCACUUGUUAAUGUCAUAAGCCUUGCAAGUUUAAAGCUGAAAGCUUGAUUAUAAAUGUUUAUGCGGCAACACGCUGUCCAUAUUUAUCUGUUCAACCAGUCUUUUGUGUACAUGGUGUUCUCAGUUGCAAGUUUGCCCACGAGUUUAUUGCCCCAUUGGUUUUUUGUUUUUAGGCUCCGUGCACAACUUGAUAUACUCAAGAGGGUACUCUACAGCCUAGCUACCAGUAUGGAGGCAGGAACCAGUCUAACAGGGGCCAUGUUUUCUUUUUUUCUUGACCCUCAACCAGAAACAUGUUUAUGGUGUCAAAGCAAUAACCAGGAACAAGUUUUAGGUGGCGCACAAAACUGGUGUCAUCUGACAGGGACAAAACACACAUACUGUACAAGGAAGCAUACUGUGUGUAAUGUUGAUGAAUGUAAAGAUUCUUACCAGGGCUGCUUGCUCCUUUCUAGAAGGUCUUGAAGAAAAUACGUCUUGGUUUUUACAGCACGUAACAACAAACGUUGGAGUGUAGAAUUCACUUAUAUGAGAAACAGCAAAAAAUUGUCCGCUUAUUUUAGCCAUUUUCAACCAGCGCUGAACCUGGUUACAACUUUCAUUUCUCGUUAGGCUGGAGCAGUGAUGUUUCACAGGCAUGGAACAGUGAUGUCUCACGGGCAUAAAACAGUUGUGACUGCCCUCAACUAAUGACGGAAGCCUUAUCAUGCGCAUGGUUCCAGUUACCAAGCCACUUCCCUGAGCAUCCUCUAGCCUCAUUUGUAUGAGGACAUUAGUUAAUUCAGCAAUUCACUCACCCAUCACAAGCCAGAGAAAUUCCUGUAGACGCACUGCCGUUUUUUUUUUUAAUGCCAAGGCAGGCCUUGUGCUUAAAGCCUGCAUAUCUCUGUCACCAACUUUGGAUAUAUCCAUGUAUUCUUUCAAUUUGUAUUCACUUAAACCAGGAGUCACACUUACCCCAACAUGGCUGGCAAUUUUUUUUUCAGUUGUAUAUUGUUAGAUUUCUCCGUGGUGUUGCCAGCUAGAUUUUCAUCAGGAAUGCACGCACACAACAUGUACAUGUAUGAUGUCGGGUUUGGUUUAAUGUACAGCCGUGCAGGCAAGUGCAUAGAGUCAAUUUGGCUACCCCGUAAAGUGCAGUCUGAGGAGGGAAUAUCAUGGUACGCAUGAAACAUCCCAUGAUGCCUUGAGGCAAGGUACACAAUUUUCAGCCUUUGUUAAAUCACCAGAGAGGCAAGUUGGGCAGACUCUUUGGGGUUAGAAGGCUUCUCUACAUAGCCUUACCACUGAAUCUGUCGUCGUUACAGUGUGUCAAAUAUUUUCUUAUUUUGUGUCACAUGGCAUUUUUCCCUUGUUUCUGAGGUUGAUACAGGUUCCAAGUUGCUAAUUGGUUCUUUGAUGCCAAGUUGUCAUUUCUAGCCAUAAUCAGUUAUGUUAACACUUUGUUUAUAAACUUUUAAUAAUGUAAAAAUUUUACUUGAAAGUAAUGCUUGAACUGCCAAGGAGAGUCUUGAAGGAGGGCAGAAAUAAACCAGUGACUGAAAGUAAUCAGUUAAUUGCUGAAGAGCCCAAGAGGAAUAAUGGAUAUGGGUCAUUUAGUAAAUUUAGGGUCCAAAGCUGUGAUAUUUUUGGGUCCAUUAUACUCAACCUGUGGAAAUUGACGUGGAAGUUUCAUUAAGAUUGACCUGAAGGUGCAUUUACUUCUUUGGCAGGUAUGUGUUUUGCUUUUUUUAAUCACUCUUUAAAUUUAAAGACCGAGUUCCAACCUUGCAAAGGUCUUUGUCAGAUGUGAGAGGGAUAUGGAAAACUUUGGACUCCAAAUUUAGAGAAUGACCCAUAUCAAGUUCUUCUAUACUUCCAGUGCAUUGCAGCUUCUGUAUUUAAAAAGAGAUGUCUACCUAUAUUUAAAUUCUAUCUGAUUGUAAUAUCCACCGUACCAAAAACACUACACGAAACAUAUUGAUAUUUUGGGAAUUCUACAAUGUUGAUUUUUUUAUUUAAUGUGGUGUUUUUUUUCUGUGCAGAGUUUUGAUGUGGAAAAUGUGUAUGCUUUUAAAAAUUUAUUGAGCAGCGGGCUCCGUGCUUAUGCCGUAGAUUACUGUAUGAAGGCUUUUCAUUGGUCAGUGAGACAUGGCAGGCAUUUGCACACGAAUGGGCAGUCACAAAGUGGUUUGGACUUAGAGGAUCAUCGUCAUGUGACCAGUUUUCAACAGAACGUGCACAAAAUGAGGCAUCUUAGUUGAGUAUGGUUGCAGAGCACCGAGUCCAUUGCUACACAUGCCUUGGUUUCAUAAAAUGCGUGCUGAGAGUUUUUGAAAGGGAACAAAAGAAAGAAAAGCUACAUGUCAGUGAACAAAUUGAUACUGUACAGAUCAUGCUGUGAGGAACCCGAGUUUUACCUCUGUUAGGAAUCAGAACUUAUAAAUUUUGAAACGUUUUUGGAGAAACAGUCAAAAGUGAUGAUGAAUCUACAUGUACAUGUACCUGUUAUCAAACUAAAUGUCCUUAAACUAAAACAGGGAAUUUCACUUUUCAAAAACAUACUGCACCAUUCUAAACUCUGAGCAUUUUUAUUUUGUAUUAGAAAUAGGCAGCCAAACAGCUAUCUUUUGUAUUAACCUGUCAACACACAAACUGCAGUUAAUAAACUGCAUGCAUUUUACCUUUUGUGGUAAUAUGUAUGCUUUUCAAAGUCAA